GGGUUUGCGCUGUUCUUCGUAAAACAGCUCCUCAAGAAGAGGUCCGUUUGUCCACUUCCUCCUGGCCCCAGAGGGCUUCCGCUGUUCGGAAGUUAUUUUGACAUCCCUUCUGAACUACCAUGGUUGACUUUUGCGAAAUGGGGAGAACAAUACGGGGAUAUAUGUUCCUUCAAAGAGUUGGGCCAGCGCAUGAUCAUUGUCAAUUCUGCAUCUGUAGCCUUGGAGAUGCUAGACAAGAAGAGUCGGCUGUACUCCAAUCGACCACACUUAACGCUGGCAGGCGAUAUAGUGGGCUGGAAUAUGUCUUUGGUCCUUUUGCAAUAUGGCGCCCGCUUCCGUGAAUAUCGCAAGAAUUUGAACCGCACCAUCGGCACUCGUUCUAGUAUGAAUAAGUAUGAAGCCCUUGUUGAGAAUAGGGCCCAUCAUUUUCUACGGAAUGUUUUGAACGACCCGGCAGCAUUGUGGGCUCAUCUCCGGAUGACUUCCGGGUCAAUUAUACUCCGAAUUGCAUAUGGACAUGAAGCUCUGGACGUCGCUGAUCCCUACCUGAAAGCUGCCGAUACUGCUGUUCAUUACUUCUCGAUCACUACGUAUGCAGGUGCAUUUGUGGUAGAUCUAAUCCCUUUUUUGCAAUACUUACCAGAUUGGUUCCCGGGUGCAGGUUUCAAGACCGUUGCAAAGGAAGCAAAAGAGAGCUUAAAAAUGAUGGUCGACCAUCCUUACGAUGUUGCUAAGGAUCAGAUAAAAGCAGGCACUGCCCUGCCUUCUUUCACUUCCGAGCUUCUUGAAGAUCGAGCCAUUUCCGCAGAGGAAGAAUCCAUCGUAAAAUGGUCAGCUCAGACGCUGCACAUCGGUGGUGCAGAUACGACUGCUGGUACUCUUUAUUCCUUUUUCCUCGCAAUGACGCUUUUCCCCGAGGUACAGAAGAAGGCUCAAGAUGAAAUCGACAGGGUUAUUGGCAGUGACAGGCUCCCAGCUGCCCAUGAUCGCGAGUCUCUGCCCUACAUCAACGCCAUAGUUCUAGAGACCUUGCGCUGGCAUUGCCUCGUGCCCCUCGGUGUGACUCAUGUUUCUACGGAGGACGACAUCCACGAUGGUUACUUUAUACCCAAAGGUUCUAUGAUUGUAACAAACCUAUGGAAGAUGCUCCACGAUCCCCGAAUUUACAAAGAUCCCAUGGAGUUUAAUCCAGAACGGUUCAUUGCUACUGAAGGUAAACCUGCAGAAAGAGACCCUCAUCACGCAUGUUUUGGUUUCGGCAGAAGGAUCUGCCCAGGAAUACUUCUAGCUGGGUUAUCCAUAUUUACAUCGUGUGCCAUGACGCUGGCUGUGUUUGACAUUUUAAAGUGCACCGAGAAUGGUGUACCCAUAACGCCUGAGGUAGGACAGACGACGGGGACCAUAAGCCAUCCUAAGCCAUUCAAAUGCUCCAUCAACAUACGUUCAGCAAAAGCAUUAUCACUGAUUCAGCAAGAGGCAUGAGAGAUUAUGGGACUUCUGAUUCCAUUCUAUAAUCGAAGAACCGCUUUCUAUGUCAAUGUUCUGAUGCGCAACUUUUAGCUUGAUGUUAUUCUUGUUAACUAAUCCAGAGAACUUGUCAGGGGGCAUUGUACUUCAUAUAUUUAUAUUCCGGCCCUCCAGGCAAUGUUGACCAAAAAAAGGUAUUGCUUUCCGGCGUGACUCGGCGCAUACCCGGCCAAUAACUAUAAACUGGUUGUUUCAUCAUUUCACAUAAAAAAA